AUGCUAGAAAAUCUAUGGGAAGUGCGACAAGCACUACCCAUCUAUCUUCUAACGGCAACUAUCGGACUUGCAGUCUCUUGUUGUUUUACGUUAAUAUGCCCCCAUGUGUGUAGGCUUAUACCAGCACUCACAACUUACGGAAAAGCAGCAGAUCAGUUGGAAGAGAACUCGCUUGUCGCCAGGAUAUCUGUACCAAAGAAAUGGUUCAAACAUUUUUAUGCCCUUGGUCUGCUAACUCUACUUCUUUGUCUUCAUUGCAUCCAUUCGUUGAUUCAUAACCCAGACUUCCUUCCAACGAUUCCCAUCAAAUUCCUCACUAUACUCACUAGAUCCUACAGUAUACCACCAAUUGCACCCAGUACCGCAGUUCUGGCUCUCCUACUCAUCACCUUUCACGUAGCACGUCGUCUCUAUGAGACUUUGUUCGUCAGUGUCUACUCGGAUAGUCGUAUGAACGUAUUCCAUUACAUCGUUGGAAUAGUUCAUUACAUCAUUCUUCCUAUUUCUAUCAUGUGCGAAACGCAAGGAGUUAUUACAAAGAAAGAAAUAUUCCAUGUUUCUGUAGAUGACAUCACCUUGACUCAAUGGGCUGGCGCCGUUCUUUUCUGGGUGUGUAACUGGAAGCAACAUCAGAUUGCCGAACAAAUAGCCAACACUCGGAAAGGUCCAAGAGGACUGAUUCGCAAUUAUGCAUACGGUAUCUGUUUCGGAAGAUGGUUCAAUCUGGUCUCAUGCCCUCACUUUCUCUUCGAAAUAUGCAUCUACUUAUCGUUGUUACUUGUUAUUCCAACUGCCUACGUUUAUAGGUUUGUUGUUCUGUUUGUUUGCGUCAACCAGACGUUCGCUGCAUUGAUCACUCAUUCCUGGUACCACAAAACAUUCCCAAAGUAUCCGAAAACCCGCAAAGCUCUUAUCCCAUACGUUCUCUGA